UCGGGCACUAUACGGCUUGUGAACGGAAUGUUUUUAGACUCCAUAUAGUGCACUACAUAUCCAAUUUAGGAUCGAGCCACAAAUCUGGAAAUGGCUGCAUCGAGAGAGUUUUUAUAUGUUGGCGUUUUCUUUUUCUCGUUAUUUUGUAUUGUAUCGUGGAAGUUUUCAAUAAUAGGUGUGACGGAUGCAGUGAAGUUAGUAGGUCGUGGGCUGUUGAUACUCGGUGUGUUGACUUGGAUGAGCUCUUGCUUGUACCCCAAGCUGAAGUCUUACCUGUUUCCAGCGACCCCACCGUCAGUGGAAGGUCCUGCUGAAGAUGCACACAGUAUACUUAAACAGAAGAAGGCAAGAAGGGAACAACAGCAUCAACACAGUGUUAAGUCGGACGAAUACGUCGAGGCAGUCGUGAAGCCCCGACAGGAAGCAGUGCUCAGGAAGAAAGAGGAAGACUUCUAUCGUGUGACGGGACAAAGCUGGAAACUUAGCGAGGGUUUCACACUAGGAGGGGAGGAACAGACGAUGGCAAACACAGAUGGCGACGAUGAGACUCCUAACCAGAGGGCCGCAAGGAAGCGGAAGGAGCUAGAGGCACCGGAUCAGGCUCCUGUCCUAACACAACUGCCGAAAGAAAAAAAGAUCAUAACCUUACCCAAUGAACCUUCAGAAGACACUAAUGGGGUUGUAAAAAUCGCUCUGAGAUGUCCCAGUGGACGAACAGUCCGAAGAAGGUUUUUUAAAACUUGCAGAUCUACAGUCCUUUUAGACUGGUUGCACAAGUCUGGAUACUCUCCCACGCGUUAUGCCUUGUACAUGUACCCCAGGAGGCCACUGCUCACACGAUCAGACCUCAGUAUGGAAGAUGUCGGGAUCAGCGCGCACACCACUCUUAACGUGGAGGAAAAAGACCCUCCCACACGUUAAUACCAUCCUCAGGUCUUUGUGAAGGUUUUCAGCAAUUCAGUAGUUGAAUCGAGGCACCUGGACCUUUUAUUUAUGAUGAAAUAUUAGAUCUAUUAGACACAGUUAAAAAGAAAGUUCCAUAGAUGUCAGUCACAUCUGGUUCUGUAUCAUUUUAAUACCUUCUGUAUUCUUUAUUGUAGCAAAAAAUCUAUAAGGAUGAUUCAUCUAUAUCUUAAGGAUGCUUAAAGAUGGGCAAUGUGACAAUAUUGAUACAGUACACUGUAAUAUACUUUUCAGUACUUUUAUAGCACUUGCUGAAAAUUUGUUAGCAAACCUUAUAUCCCUUCUGAAAGUAUUUCAGUUUUCAUUUCCUGAUAUUUACAUCUAGAUGUGUUAAACAAAUUAGAACUCUGGUGGCAGACCACCCAGUUUGUAGGUGAGCAAUAGUAUUGGAACAGGUAGUCUUUAAGUAAACAACACUUAAUAUUUGGUGCAUAUUGCAUGCUUGCAAUAACUGCAUUAAGUUGGCGACCAAGUGACAUCACCAAACUGUUGCAUUCUUCUUUUGUGUUGGUUUUCCAGGCUUGUAGCACAGCUUUUUUAAGUUUUUGUUUGUUUUGUGGGGUGGGGUUCUCCCAUCAGUGUCCUCUUCAGGGGGUGAAAUGCAUGUGCCAUUGGGUUAAGAUCUCGUUAUUGACUUGGCCAGUCUAAAACAGUUCCACUUUUCAACCUGAUAAAGUCCUUUGUUGAGCUGGCAGUGUGUUCUGGAUCGUUGUUUUGCUGCAGGAUGAAGUUCCUCCCACUUAGAUUGGAUGCAUUUUUCUGUGAAUUGGCAGACAGGAUGUUUCUGUGGACUUCUGAAUUCCUUCUGCUGCUCCCAUCAUGAGUUACAUCAUCAAUGAAGAUUAGUGAGCCUGUUCCAGAAGCAGCCAUGCAAGCCCAAGCCAUGACACCACCUCCACCAUGCUUGACCAAAGAGCUUAUGUGUUUUGGAGGUCUUGUUUCCAUGUCUGGUUGUUAAUACACCAGUGGUUUAUUUUAUUUUCAGGACAUUCCAAAAUGUUGUAUUGGGUAUAUCCAAUGCUUAUGUACUGACUCUGAUUUCCCCUCUUUUCUCAGUGUCAAAAUGGCUUGCUUCUGUCCCAUAUACAGCUCUCUGGUCUUCAUGUUGGCUUAUCCUUUGUAACAAAUGCAGCCUUCACAGGCAAAACCCAGGGCUCAAAGCAGGAGUAGAUAAUCAAAUCUGUUAAUUGUUUAAACAGUCAAUCUGACACGGCUAUCUGGGCCCUACGAAACACCUGUCCAUACAUUACAAUAUUUUUUGAUGAUUUGAAAAACGAGUGGGUUACAACAAAAGGUGCCAUAUUACAAGUUGUUUAACACAGCUAGAUGUAAAGAUCAGGAAAAGAAAAUGAGAUUCUGAUCUAGUGUCUUAUUCAGCCUUUGAUCUCAUAUCCAAAUGUAUAUGUAGACCAAAAAUGAAAAUUGUCCUUGCUGUAUUAAUACUUUCAGAGAGGACUGUAAAUAACGUAAUAAAUAUUGUGCAUCAUG